ACCACCACCGCCACCACAACAGUAGCAGCAACUAUAACAUAACAGACGAUAAAUCUCUUCCUGUUCGCAACUUGCAGUUCUGUGUGCGGCCAAAGGUAUUUUAAGCAAGAUGGACAAACGAAUGCAGUCAUCUUCGUUUGUCAUACUAUUAACACAGAAAAGGCUACUAGAGCUUUAGCAGUUACUGUAUUUUAGGGUUUGAUUUGAACAGAAAAAAAAAGAUAACAUAAAGACCAAAACGAAUUUUAAAAUUACUGAGAGACUGAAACAACCUUACCAUCAAAUAAGAUUGCUCAGAGAGUAUCAUUCAUGUACCCAUCACCAUGUUUGAAGGAAUAAUUGCAAAUUUUAUCAAUUCCUUCUUUGGGAAGUACAUUAAAGACUUGGAUUCAACAAAACUUAAUUUUGUGAUACAUCAAGGUAAUGUAGAAUUAACAGAUUUACAGUUAAAGGCAGAAGCCUUGUAUGAAUUUGGAUUACCUGUUGAAGUAAAAGGUGGAUGUGUGGGAAAAAUCAACUUGAGUAUUCCUUGGACCAAACUGUUCUCUUCUAGCUGGAUCGUUACAAUUGAGGAUCUCUAUGUUCUUGCUGGACCUGUUAUUGAUCGUCCUUAUGACCCAGUCAAAGAGAAAUUGCAUGAAAAUGCAGCCAAACGUAAAAUAUUGGAUGCAUUUGAAAAAUCCGCCAUGAAAAAUGUUGUUGGUGCUGUAGAAAAGGCUCCUGGAUUUUUGGAAAAAUUUACAACUUAUGUUGUUAACAACAUCCAGUUAUCCAUAUCCAGUGUUCAUUUUCGCUAUGAAGACACGGUCACCAAUGUGGAUCGUCCAUUUGCUUGUGGUUUUAUGCUUAAGAAUCUCUCUGCUCAAAGCACCGAUUCUCGUUGGCACCCAACAAUUCUUGACAGCUCUGAUACAUUAUUACACAAACUUGCCCAAUUACAAGACCUUUCAGUGUAUUGGAAUCCCUACUUGCCUGAAAAUCAUCUUGUUCGAUCACGACUAAACACAGACGAGUGGAGAAAUCUUCUCAAGUCAUCCAUUGAUACACACAAAAUAUUUGAGGAAGAUGCAGAGUUUAUUAUGAAACCCAUCUCUGCUCAUGCCAAAGUGAUUCUGAAUAAAAAUGGAGGGUUCAAAAUUCCUAAGAUAUUUUCAGACCUAUCUUUGGAAGACAUUGAAGUUAGAUUUUCACGGCAACAGUUACUGAAUAUGAUAAAUUUAGUUGAUUCCUUCCAAAUGAUGACUGUCAACAGAAAGUACCGCAAAUACCAUCCGAAUGUUCCAUUGAAGGUGAGCCCACAAGCAUGGUGGAUCUAUGCUUACAAUGCAAUCCUUGAAGAAAGAAUUCGACCUUUCUCCUGGGAAAGAAUUUUGAAACACAGGACAAAUUACAAAAAAUACAAGGACUUAUACAAGAAACAUAUUGAAUUUCCAAUUGAUGAAUCUUUCAAGGAUAAAUUAUUGGAAGUAGAAGAAAGUUUGGACAUUUUCAACAUAUUCCUUGCAAGAGAACAUGCUAAGCUUGAGCUGAAGAAAACAGAAAAUGAAAAAGUUACAAAACCAGAAAAGAAAAAAGGCUGGCUUAGUUGGAUAUUUGGUUCCGAGGAGGAUUCUGAUUAUGAAAAUGAUAAAACCGACUGGUUUUCUAAACUUUCUAUUGAUGAGAAGGAACAGCUCUACAGAGGUAUCGGAUAUGACGAGAAUGCCAACAUAUAUGAUAUACCCCGUGAGUAUAUUGCCUACAAAGUCCAGAUCAACUUGAAGAGCUGCUGCUGUUCAUUGGUGAAAUACAGUAAGAGGGUUCUUCAGAUGUCAAUGACGCAGUUUCGUUCCUCCUUAGACUACAGACCAGGCAGUGAAUCUUGCAGAGUUUCCUGUAACACAGAGAGCUUCUCGAUAGAAGGUGUUUCUAUGGAGCAUGAACUGAUUCCUAUUCUGACUUCAGAUGUUGGAGUCUAUGCCCCUUCAGUGAAUCAAAUAUUUACUUUAGAAUUUGAGACCAAACCUUUGUAUGUGGAGGCUGAUUAUUCCCUAAAACUCAAUGUUCAGCCAGUGGAAAUGGUGUAUGAUGAGCAUUCUCUAUCAGAAUUGACCGCAUUUUUCCAAUUUCCUAAUCUAAAAGCCGAAAUGAAGAAUUCAGCAGUUGAAAGUCUCCAACAAGUUAUAUCUUACAGUCGCCUGAGUUUACAAUAUGCCAUUCAACAACACAAGACAAUACAUGUGUCUGUGAACAUGAGAUCACCUUACAUGGUCAUACCAGAAUAUGGAUCAUUGCAGAAAGGAGGCUAUGUAUUGAUUGUUGACUUUGGUACAUUGACUCUGGAGAGUGAAUUACAGCCCAAAAAUGUUUCCCUCGAGGAUGCAACAAUGUCUGAAAUCGAAUCCCGUCUAUAUGAUCAGUUUACAAUAAAGAUAAAUGAAGUUAAAAUACUUCUGGCUGAUUCAGGUGAUGACUGGCAUACCUUUCAGACGGAACCAGACUCACUCUACCACAUCUUGCCCAGUACCAAAAUGUUGAUGACUUUAUUUAAUAGUGUCAAACCAGAUUACAAGCAACUACCUCAACACAAACUUGUUACCACACUUCCCUCCAUCAAAGUGAACAUAUCUGAUGAGCGUCUGCUAACACUUGUGGCAUUUUUCAACCAUUUCCCUAUUCCUGGCAGUUCCAGUAUGAUUACAAUUGUUGAAGAUUCUGUUGAUGGCAAUACAUUGAAUUACCACCCAGAACUGGACAAGAGACAAAUUCAGCCAGACACAGAAAUACCAUUCCUAAAACUGGUACGAAACAGUGUAUUAGGUAGGACUGUUGUUCGCAAAUGCUCAGAAACAGUUCCUGAUGGAAUUUCUCCAGCUGAGGAACCUAACAGAGAAAAUAGUCCAGAAGAAUAUUUUGGUUCAGCUUCUGAGAAUUCAGACGAAGAAUUACCAUUACGUCACAAAACUUGUGACGUCAAACCUGUAGAUGACCAUUCUUCAGCUUCAAACACAAUAACAAUUCUGACAAGGGUCGUUCUUAAUGAAGCUGUUUUACAAUUAUCAAAGAAGAUCGACAAACGAGAGUCUCCUUAUCUAAUGUUCCGAAUCAACAAAUUAUAUGUCGAUAGUGCAAUAACAGUGUAUGGAAUGGUCAUCAAUGCCAGUCUUGGUGGCAUUGAACUUGUGGAUAAAAUUCAUAUUGGACCAUCUGGAGAAUAUCUUGAAUUGAUACGAAGUAAAUCCAAUGAUAACUUGGUAUCCAUCACUUAUAGAAUGACUGAUCCAAAAUGUCCUGAUUUUGGAGUCUAUGGCUAUGUAAUACAAGGGGUACAAUUAAAGAUGGACACCAUUUCAUUUUUUCUCCACCAAGUUGGUAUAACACAUCUAAACACAUACAUGACACGUUUAAUAAACAGCAUAAAUGAAAAGAAAAUGAAAACUAGCACCACAAGUAGCAUUUCCAACUCUGAUUCCUUCGAGGACUUCAGAAUUCUAGAACCUCUAACCCGGAUGGUUUCUGUUACUACCACAGAUGAUGUUCCAGACAAUUUGGUAAAAUUCAGCUUUUGUGCAGCUAUCAAAGAUGUCAACUUCAAAGUUUGUGAUUCUGAAAAUGACAUCGCUGACAUCCAUAUCCUUGAUCUUGAGUCUCAGGUCCUGAUGAAAUCAAACAAGACAUUAGUGUUUUGUGGUUUGAAAGACCUGAAUAUGAAAGAUUGUUCACCUGGUGCUAUUUACCCAAAUAUCAUAAUGCUUGAAAAGUCAAACCUAUUUGAACUAGAGUUUAUAUACUACAAUAAGAUUCAUGGGAAGAAUAAAAAGAACCCAGAUUACAAAAUCCGGUUACGUGUUGGUCAACUUCAAGUUGUGUGUCUCGCAAAAUUUUUCUGGGACCUCACUAGGUUUUUUGAACCAAUCGUUACUCCAUCACUUAUCGAUGAGACUGGUGCUGCUGUGUCAAGAACGGUCACUAAAAAUAUGAACCGUAUGAAGCUGCAUCAUGUACACACCAGUUUCAACUUUGAUGUGUAUGCUCCAAUAUUACUGAUUCCAAAACAUUCCAAGUCAACUGACCUACUGUACAUCCGUCUUGGCUAUCUGAAACUCAGAAACUUUUUCGAAAUAACAAAAGAACCAGACCAAGAAUGGAACCAUAUCUUCCUGACACUCAGUUCCAUCAAAAUCAGCAGAGCUGAGUUAUCAUUAGCUGAUGAUGUCUACAACAUAGUGCAGGACAUUUUAGACCCCGUAAACCUGAAAGCUGAUAUAAAAAAUGCCCUUUAUCCACUCUCAGCAAAAGUCCACUAUGAUAUCUCAGGACAACUGGACUUAGUGAAGAUUCACCUGAUCCAAAAAGACAUCCAAUCAAUACUGGGUAUUUAUCAUGAAAACCUCAUGGAAGGAGCUCCAUCUCUGUCUCCUGUCGCCGGUUACCAUUUUCCACCCAAAGAAUCAUCCCAGAUGGCAUCAAGUACAUUAAGUACUGGCUCUCAGGAAUCCUUAAAGAAUAUGCCAAAAUCAGCCAUCAAUUUGAACUUUACCAUGGAUGGUAUUGUUGUUUGUUUGAUAGAACAGAAGUCCACAGAGUUGGGUUUCCAGAAACAAGGAUUGAGUCGGUUCCAGAUGGGACGUGUAACUAUCAAAAGAAAUCAGCUGAUUGAUGGCUCCGCUGCAGGUUCAUUACAAGUGAAAUGGUUAAUGAUUGAUGACAUCAGUCCAGACAGCAAAGCCAUUGUUAAAAGAGUACUGAAAAUUGUGAAGAAUAAAAGUAAUUCUGAAAUGCAAGACGUUCCUGUAUUUAAGAUUAACUAUAAGAACUCUGGAGAUGGCUGCCAGAAAGUGGACCUGUCACUGCGGAAACUACGUUUCCACAUUUGUCCGACGUAUUUGAACUCUCUUAUACGCUUUCUCAGUGGUUCCAUUGAAACAAGUUAUACAUCAACUGUAGAUGGUGGCAUGAACACUUCAAGCUUAGCAACUGCACAAGACUCAAAACCUUCUUUCUUGUUACCCACUGAUGCAUCUAACCUUACUGUAAGCUGCAAAAUUGCAGAUCCAGAAAUUGUAUUCUUUUCAAAUCCAGAAAAACGGACUUGUCCUAUUCUUGUUUUAAAGGCUGGUAUGAGGAUUGACUAUUUUUAUUUUAACUUACGUGAAGAAAUUCAAGUGGAUAUACAGAAAAUGCAGUUAAUAUCUUGCUAUUAUGGUCAAUUUGAUGAUAGUUCUAACAAGAUAAUUUACCCAAGUGACAUAACAUUUGGCAGAGUGAAUGAUUACCAGGAGAAACUGACAGAAGUAAAUGUCCAAAUUGAUAAGAUUUAUUUACACCUAUCUGCUUCAGUGAUUAAUUUAGUACAAAGUGUAUUGGAAAGCUACCCGUCCUGGAGAACCAAAACUAAGAAAGAAAACUUCACUCCCCCCAUAACUCAUCAGCCAUUAACUAAUCUCUGGGAUGUACAGAAAGUUUCUUCAGAAAAAUGGCUUGAAUUCACUGCUAUUAGAGGGGAUGCAGGCAGCAGUGAAAAAAAAAUUGUUUCAAACGGUUUUAUGGAAAAAUUCAAUAUUGCCAUUAAUGAACUUGACCUUGUGUUUGAAGUUGAAAACCAGGAUAAUGAAAUCCCUAUUUUGUACCUGAAAUCUUCAUUAGAUGCAAAGAUGAAAAACCUUUCAAGCCAGUUACAAUUACAGUCCGAAAUCAACCUCGAGCUUGCUUACUUCAAUGAAAAGCUCAGUGUUUGGGAGCCCUUGGUUGAACCAGUAAUGGAGAAAGAAAAUCUGUACCGACCAUGGGAAUUACAAAUCAAGAUGGUCCAAGCUGCUAGCCAACCAAUCACCACUAGCUAUGAAGAGACUAGGAUGGAUAUUGCUGACGGUUUUGAUGAAGAUCUGCAUAAUAACCUACAGAAAAGCCGUGUCAAGUCCAGUAGUUCAGAAUCAGAGACUGAUUCCAAUACAGAAAUGACAGUGAUCAGACGGAAACCGUCAAAGAAAAAGAGGCUUACUAGUGAAAGAAGUUUCGAUACAGUGAGUCAUCAGAGCAGUAUCCAGGGUGAAUCCGACUCGGAGCCUGAGACUUUUAUCCAUAAUAUAACAAAUAAACUAGGUAACAUUUUCUCUAGUGAUAGUAGCGAAGCUGAUGUCAGCGAAACAGAUGAUAACGAUGAAGCCUUUGACCCUUCUCUCAACGAUCCAGUAUUUAUGACCUCCAAAGGACUUAUACAUGCUGGCAUGAGUGGUUCCUUAUCUGAUGAAGUUGAUGGGCAGCUCCAUGAAGACAAUGAGACAAGUACAUGUAACUACAUUAUCAUAAACACCAAGGAUGUUUUCCAACUGAAUGUAACACCAGCUGCCAUCAGUGUAAUUAGUGAUGUCUAUGAGGCCUUGAUGACCCCCACAGCUUCAGAUAUUACACUGGUGAGAGACCUCCCUGCUUUACAAGUUAUCAAUGAACUUGGAUGUCAUGCUGUUGUGACGCUGCAUCAUUCUGUCAAGAAUCCUGAAGAAAAAGUCCAAGGUUGUUCAGUGAUUCAGAAAAAGAAUGUUAAUGGUACAGAAGAAAAGAAAGUGAUCACCUCUCCAGAUUGGACAACCUCUCCAGAUGAUGAUGAAAUUGAUGGUUUAAGUUUCCUGCCCAAGGCAUUGUCAAACAUUGGCAAUAUGGUGAAGCUGUUCCCAAUACAACCAUUCCCUGACACUUUUGAUUAUGCAACAACUGAGAUUCUUGACAAGAAUCAGAUGACAUUGCAAUUUGAUGGCUUUGACCCUAUGACACUCUCUUAUGCCAGAGCAUGUCACAAACUAAUCCCAAUGCAACCAGUUAAGAACAACACAAAAUACUGCUUUGUCUGGGAUGUAGACAUAUCUCAUGGAAGGAAGCUUGUUACAGUCAGCUCUCCUCUCAAGAUCCAAAACAAUUUAACCAUGGCCUUAGAUGUCUUCUGUAAAUCUCAGGCUCUGAAAGCCAUCCCAGAAUUAGCCAUAAAAGCUGAAAUGGAUGAUGAUAAAGGCUUCGUGAAGCUGACUACUGUUGCUUGUGGAGAGAGUUUCCAAAUACCUUUACUCAUUGCCUACCACUGUGAACUCUUUGUCUCACCUGUUGAUUUAUUCUUCCCAAAGACUGAAAAUGGCAUUUGGUGGAAAGACCUUAUACAAAUGAAAGACCGCAGUAAACACUAUUCUUGUGUACCAACUGGACUUGCCCGACCUUUCACUAUAAAAGUAACCUGCAAGGACCAGGAAACCCUGUAUCCAUCCCAGACGCUACCCAAAAGUAUCCCCUAUUAUAUCCUCCACAUGAAUCCACCAGUUGUCUUACAUAAUUUGUUACCAUAUGAUGUGCAGUUUUCUCUGGAGGGUACCAACUCCUACAGCAGUUUAACCCAUGGUGAGAUGACACCCCUGUACACUGUGGAUGUUACCAAAAUGCAGAAAUUGUCCUUGCAGAUAACUGAUUACCUGUCUUGUGAUUGGAGUGGGAACCUAGACAUUGGCAAUGAUAUGGAAGAGUUCAAAGCUAUUUCUAUGGAAACAGAGACUGAUAUGGAAUCAAGUGAGAAAUAUCUGAGCAUUAGUAUCCAUUCUGUUCAGUCUUUGACUCAUGAUCUUCGCAUCUAUUCCCCUUACUGGAUCAUGAAUAAAACAGAUUUUCCGAUUUUGCUGCGGGGCACUGGUUCAGAUGCUGUUUUUGAGUGCAGUCCAUUAGGUGUUCCAGUAUUAUUCAGAUACAAAAAACACAGGAGAAAAAAGGCCAAAUUACAAGUUUAUGAUUCUAAAUGGUCACAAUCUUUCUCCAUGGAUACAGUCAACAGUGCUGGUGUCAUUAUUUGCAAUGAUAAGGAGAGAAAUCGCAAAUAUCAGUUUAUGAUGCAAGUCCAGUUGUCAAAAAUGAAAUUAACCAAAAUUGUGACAAUCAUGCCCUACUUCUUAAUCAUGAACAAUUCGCAUUCAAGACUUCGCUUUAUGGAAGACAAUGAAGACGCAGAUCUUUGGUUUGAUUUACCACCCAAGGAAUGUGUUCCAUAUUGGCCCAUAACAGAUUCCUACAGGAUUUUUGUGAAAUAUGACCAUGGCAAGGCAAUUUCUCCGCAUAUUCCGAUCAAGACCAUACACAGCACAGUAUUACGUAUGGAAAAUGGGACUGGUCUUUGUGUUGAAGUUAGUGGAGGCACCCAAACUCCCAUCUGUAUUUCCUUCUCAGAUUACUUCCUUGGUGGAGCACCUGUCCGCAUAGAAAACUUGUGCGAUGACAUUUUCAUCAAAAUUCACCAGAAGAAUCAGAGUCAGGUGACUUUGUUGUCACCAAAUCAGGCCAUCUUAUAUACGUGGGAUGAUCCUGCUGCAGAGAGAACAUUAAUGUGGAAUGUGUAUGGAGGUAAAAGACCAAGUUUCCCUGCUGCCAUUUCAAAGGAUGGUUAUGGAAAUGUCCACCUGAGAGUACAGUCCCUCUCUAUGAGAGUUGAUUCUGUGGAUGGUUAUGAAUUACCAGAGAGUAGCACUGAAGAUGACAGUGAUGAACCUGAUGCCAUGAUCUCUUCAUUUACUGAUUCUUUGUAUGGGAAAACACGAAGUGACAAAGUAGUGAUAUACUGGAUGUCAUUUUUGGAUGGCCAUCAACGUGUGUUGCUGUUUACUCGAGAUGAACGAGUUGCACAAGCAGUGAGACAAGCUCAUAUACAAGGCAUAGACCUACCACAUGAACGAGGCGUAUUGAAGAUGAGCCAGGCUGAACAGACCAACUACUCAGUGGUUCUCUCCCUGGACAGUGUACUAUUGUCUGUAGUCAACACAGCUUAUAAAGAAUACAGAGAAUUGAUGGUUGUCAGUGUGUCAAACUGCCCUGCUAUUUGGGAAGUGGAGGUGAACAGCAAAUGGAAACUUCUCAACGUUGAACUGCAGACUUGGCUUGAAGAACGCUGGAAGAACAAAAGUGUGCAAGUAAAUCUUUAUGAACAGAUUGAGGCUGAUCUGUCCAAAAUGACCAUGACUAAACCUUACAUGGGAGCAUUGCGACGUACCUAUUCCCCAGCUUUUUGGAUACUCUACCGUCAGUCAGUAAACCACAAAGCCAUACAUCUUAAAAUCCAAAGACUACAAGUAAGUAAAAUCUUGGUUGAUUGUGUCUUUUUUUUUUUUUGUUUUUUUUUUGCCAGGAAUAUAAAACUAUUGAUCCAGGAGUUCAAUCUUAAACUUGACAAAGGAUUCAUGUUGUCUGUACUUGAUAUGAUUGACUGGAACUUUGAUCCUGGAGAGACCUCCAACUUCCAGUCUGAUUUGAUCCUUUCUCAGCGAUCUUUACAAGAAGUGGCAUGUAUUUCUAGAACUGACCAAAAUUCUAAAAUAUUUUUUGAGUACCUACAUUUAUCUCCAUUAAAGCUUCAUGUAAGCUUCUCAUUGAAUGGAGUGGCUCAUGUCACACGAGAAGUGCCUUCUACGUUCACCUCUGAUGUGGUAGACUUUUUCCUGAGCUCUGUUGGUGUUACAUUUACUGAAGUAAAAGAUAUAGAACUCCGGAUGGCAUAUUUUGACUGCAAGGGUGUUAUGUUAACAGUUGGCCAGUUAUUCUCUCAGAUCCAGUCUCACUAUUUCUAUCAAGCUAUUCAGCAAGCAUAUGUCCUUGUAUUAGGUCUUGAUGUUCUUGGAAAUCCUUAUGGAUUAAUCCGAGAUUUUACCCAGGGAUUAGGAGAUCUUUUCUAUGAACCCUUCUUGGGCUCAAUUCAGGGAACUGAUGAAUUCACUGAAGGUCUGGUGCGAGGAGUUCAAAGUCUCCUGGGACAUACUGUAGGAAGUACUGCUGGAUCUGUAGCAUUAAUGACUGGCUCUGUAGGUAAUGCCUUGGCCACGCUCUCUUUUGAUUCUGAUUAUAAAAAGAAGCGUCGGACUCGUGUGAUGCAGCAACCAGAAAGUCUACCAGAAACUCUUGCAAUUGGAACCAGAGGUUUUAUUAAUGGAGUUGCUCUUGGACUUUCUGGAAUUAUUCUAGAUCCAGUAAAAGGUGCACAUGAGGAUGGUGUAGAAGGAUUCUUCAAAGGAAUUGGCAAAGGUAUUAUGGGUUUGCUGACAAAACCUGCUGCAGGGGCCAUAGAUAUGGUCAGUAUGGCAUUUGAUGGACUUAGAAGAGCUGCCGAAUUAGAAGGUGGAAUUGUGGCCAGGACAAGGCUGCCUCGCUUUAUUAAUCCCUCUUUGGGUCUCAAACCAUACUCGCCAUACCAAGCGAUAGGAGUCCGUCUCUUACAAAGUAUUCGGAAAGGCCAAUAUCUGCAGAGUGAUAUGUACUGGGCGCAUGCACCGCUCAGCCGAGAAGAUCGAUCAGAUGUCUUCCUCAUCACAGAUAAACAUCUGUUUCUGUUGGAGAAAACUAAAUUAUGGGGUGACUGGAAUGUGGAAUGGGAAGUUCCAAUUGAUAGUUUGCUGGAAAUACCUGCAAUUGUUGAUAAAAGACUUGUUUUUAGAAUCAAAAGGGAUGAUUCCAGCCUGAAUCUCUUCUCCAGCGGUGAGCGGGAUAUUGUAUGCAAUGACACUCAGGUGCUAACAUGGUUACACAAGAAGAUAGAAAAUGUGAUUAAAUUCCGUAAACAGUGAAACAUGAGCACAAUCGCCAGGUGUGUGACGUGGAGUGUGACAAGGCACGUCAUUGUUUUUCCCCAUCCCCAUCUCCCAACUUUAGUCUAUUGCUUAUGAGAGGACCCUGUUGGCACAAGGUUCCCUCCAUAAAACAGUUUCAACUGUUGACCAACCAGUCAUUCUUCCCCAACCAUUGUUAUUAUUAUAUAUGUAUGUAUGUGUGCAUAUCUAUAUACAUAUGCACAAACACACAUACAUACAUGUGUAUAUAUACAUAUGUACAUGUAUACAUAUGUAUCUAUCUAUAUAUACAUGCACAAACACACACAUACAUACAUACAUACACAUUUGUAUGUAUACAUAUCUACAUAUAUAUAUAUAUAUAUAUAUAUAUAUAUAUAUAUAUAUAUAUAUAUAUAUAUAUAUGUAUGUGUAUAUACACUAAUAUACCAGUCUAUAAUCUACAAUUGUUAAACUAAUGUUUAGUUAUAUUCUUAUAUUCUUCAAAAGUUGGCAUUUUACAAGCCACCUCCUGCCACAACUGCACAAACAACCAACUUCAUUUGGAAAGUUGAUAACUUUCGGCUCUCUCAUACCUCUCUGUCUCUAAAAUUCUCAAAAUAUUCUUCUCAGUCAGAAACACCAACAGCAUUUCUUCCCUCCAGCUCCUCCCUUCUAAACGAUGAAGAUUAUUAUUGUUACCAUUUUUUUUUGAUUAUUUUUUUUUCUCCAAUAAUAUUCCUACUUAUUAUAUGUUCUCCCACAUAGCUUUGGGACCAAGACAAUUAACCAAGUAAUAAUUGAUUGAUGAAACUUUCUAAUCUGCUUUUGAAUGAUGAUUAAUGAUGGAUAACUCAACUUUUGUUCUCUAUUUUCUUCUUAGUUGUCUUCUUUGUCUUCAUCUUCUUCUUCUUCUUCUUCUUCUUCUUCUUCUUCUUCUUUUUUUUUCCCUUCUUCUUCUUCUUCUUCUUCUUCUUCUUCUUCUUCUUCUUGCUGCCUUGGCUUGACACAGUGUUUUGAUUUUCUGAAACUCAAAAUCUUAUGUUAGCAGAAUAGUUCCUUUAACUUCAUUCCAACAGUGUUAUGUUAUUUAUUCCCAAUCAAUCAAGCACAUAUAAUAAACAUACACAGGGUGUCAACAUUUAAUAUUUAACCAUUAAUUAAGUUUACGAAAUUAAAUAACUGCAGAAGAAGGGAAAAGAAAAGACCCAUCUCAGUCUUCGAUGAAUCACCUUCAAAACAACUGAAAUUUUCAUUACAAAUUUCUUCACUUCUUCCCCCACCCAACCCCUAAGAAUAGGUUUACUAAUUCUUCCCACCACAGUCCUGGCAACCACUGGGCCUCUAAGUCAUUAGCUAUGUUUGACGCAUCCCCGACGACUCCAAAAAUUUCAAGUGAGAAACGAUGGUUAUGAAAACUGAAAAAUCUCUGUCGGCAGUUUUUUGCUAACCCUAAUAGCAGUUUUAGUAGCAGUUUUUGAAAUUCAGUUAUCGCCAUUUGAUUGCGUCUUAGAGCCAGAUUUAACUUGCCAAUAGGAUGUCAGCCCAAAGCAAAACAAAACAAAAAAAAAGCAGUUUUAAGUGUUUGAAUAAAAACAGCAAAAAAAAGCAAAAACAAAGUAAACAAAAAAAUGAAAAAGAAAGAAAGCAAGUUGUUUCCUUCUUUAGCAAACUUGUGUCAAGCUUGGUGUUUGUAGAAUCUCUUGCUGUUCUGCCAUAGCUUCUCUAGAAUGCUUAGUUUUUUUGGUUAUUUAAAAAUCAAAAACCAUAUACAUUGAGACAGCGUUAUGUUUUACUGUAGAGUUUAGCUUUGUUGUUUAUGGUCAAUUAACUGUCUGUGUAAUAAUUGUUGUUAUUCUUUAGAUUCAAUUAUCUACUUAGAUGCAUAGAACUGAGCACAUGCUUCAUCAAAGUAAACACAUACACAAAUGUGUUGUGUGUGAACCUGUCAUCUUCAUUGCUUUCUCAAACACCAAGGACAUGAUAUAUAUAUAUAUAUAUGUUGUUCCAUGAUGAGUGAUACCAAGUAGAUAGUUAUGUCGUAGAGGGGAAUAUCAAUAGUUUGUGUCUUCUUAUGUUAUUUGUUGUUUCCUUGCAAUGUCAAUUAGCAUUUGGAUAAAAGGGCAUCAAUCAAAAAACAGACCUUUGUUUUCUUGUGUAUAUGCUUCGAAUCUUGGGAUAACACUGCUGCUGUUCUUGCAUGUAUUUGAGUGUGGGUAGGUCCCUUUUUAUUUAAUAUUUUUGGGGGUUUUUUUUUUGUAAUAUCUAGAGAUGUUGUUGAAUGGAAUUUUCCCAAUGCAAUGACUUAGUCAAAGAACAAUCAGAUAAUUAUUUUUCUAGUGAGGUAUAUAUAUAUAUAUAUAUAUAUAUAUAUAUAUAUAUAUAGGAAUAUGACAAUUUAAAAAAUAAAAUAAAGUUAAAAUAAAACAAAGCACUAUAUAUAAUUUUGUUGGAUUUGUGAAGAUUACAUUUUGGUCUCCUACUCUCUCAAACGCACACACAAACAAAAACAUACAAGCACACAGUUUCAUCAACUGAUAAAUAUGACCAUUAAGAAUUUGAAUAUUUUGCUAAUUAUAUUUGAUUUAAAAUAAGGUUAGUUUGAAAGAUAGAUUUAGAAAUAUGAAAGGAUUGGACAGAACUUGUACCAUCAACACCACAACACGCCACCCUUUAUGUGUUAGGUCUUCAAAAAUUAUUAGCCUCUGUUGAGUCAAUUUAAUUCCCAUAUUCACAACUCCCCACCCUAAUUUGUGGCAUCUUGCCAAUGGUAGAAAUCAAAAUUUCUUGCUAAAGCUAACAAGUGGGAUGAAUGAAAUAAGAAACAAUUAACUGCCCUUGUUCAAAUGCUUCAUAAUGCUUCUUCUGCAGAGAAGGGGGAAAAAUGUUAAUUUAUGUGCAAGUCUUGUUCUUUUAAUCAUUGUUUUAUGUACAAUAUUAUGCAUACAAUUAUAUGUAUGUAAUAUACAUGUGUGUAUAAUCAUAUAUAUAUAUAUAUAUAUAUAUAUAUAUAUAUAUAUCAUGUUGUUGGGACCAGAUAGUUAAAGAAAAAUAUAACAUUUUUUUUUUUGCUACUUACAUAUUCCACCCACAUCCACCCUCGUAUUGUUGAAAGAAAAAUCUUCGCUCGAAAAUAAAAUUAUAAAAUAAAUGAAAAUCUCUUCUCCUCUUCCUUCCACCUACCCACUGAACCUUAUUUAUUGCUCGUUAUAUCUGUGAUGAAUGAUGUUGUAAAUAUACAUUGUUGUUGAUUGUUAGUAGAGACCUGAGCUGGAAAUUUUUUUGUAGAAACAGCGUGUGAUUUAUAAAGUUACCUUAUUACAUGAUAAUCUUGUUGCUGGUAUGAUAACAGUGGAAAGCAUUGUUAAACAAGUCUACCUGCCUACCUACCUUUGGUUUUUCUGUUUCUUUCAUUCAAGGACCUUUGCUUGUAGAAGAGAGAGUGAACUGGAUGCUUGUUAGCUUUUUACCUUUCCAUCUUCUUUCUCCUUUUUUGUUUUCCAACAUUUCUACCCUACCCCUCUUUAUUGAUUAAGCAAAUAAAUGUUUAUCGACAAGAAUAGGUAAUCUACAAUAAAUUUGCAUAACAUUCCAUGCCAAUUCUUCAACUAAUUAAACAAUUUAUAUACAUACAUGUAUAUAUAUAUAUAUAUAUAUAUAUAUAUAUAUAUAUAUAUAUAUAUAUAUAUAUAUAUAUAUAUAUAUAUAUAUAUAUAUAUAUAUAUAUAUAUAUAUAUAUAUAUAUAUAUAUAUAUAUGUAUAUAUAUGUAUAUAUGUAUAUAUAUAUAUAUAUAUAUGUAUAUAUAUGUAUAUAUGUAUAUAUAUAUAUGUAUAUAUAUGUAUAUAUAUAUAUGUAUAUAUAUAUGUAUAUAUAUAUAUAUGCUGGCUUGGUAAAAACAAAUAUAAAACAAACAACACACAGACAUAUGAAAGUAUUCAAUUUUAUCAUUUCUUUUUCUGCAAAACUAAAGUUCCCUGUCUUAAAUAACAAACUCCCAAAUAUGAGAACUUGGCUAAAUGUUAGCUGCUUCCAUCUAAAGCCAAACCAAAACCAACAACAACAGUCAUUUCUGAUAUAUUAUAGGCAGCACAACUGCUGUGUAGACUUCAGCAUGCCAUAUUAUUAGCAGUUCCCUUCAUUUACCAAAAUGGUAUCGAAGAUUACAUAUAUAUAUAUAUAUAUAUUGUGCAAUAUCAUAUAUUUAAGUUUGUAUUCAGAAGACCUAUAAACAUGGCUUCCUUUUUGCCCAAUAUUUGAAUAUCAAAUAAGAAAACCACUAUAGUAGCAACAAGAUAUUAAUAUGACCAUAAAAGGAUAUUUAAACAAUAUUCUUACUGCAUGCAGUGUUAGUGAUAUUUUCAUGUUUGUCAUGGCCAAACAAAGUUUCAAACUUAUUUUUAAUUUCCUGGUUUAAGCAGAAUGUUACAGAUGUCUGGUGGUCUAGCCUAGUCUGCCUAACAAACACACCUGCAAUGUUGACUUAAAGGAACACUAAGAAAGGAAAAUUUAAGUAGAUAUUUUCCUUUCGUCAAUAUAUUUUAUACAGUUUAUAUAUAUAUAUAUAUAUAUAUAUAUAUAUAUUAAUAGAUUCAAUAUCUUAUAAUGUUCGGUUGAACAUAAUUGAACAGUACAUCUUACAUUGUAUUAUAUAUAAUGAGUAAAGUAUUGCAAUAGAUUUGCUUCAAGUAUGGUACUUAAUACAAAGAUGGCAUUAACUGUUACCAUAAACCAAGUCCCAUGAAUAUUUGUGAAGUUUUCUUCAUCAUUGAUUGCAAAA